UUACGGCAGGUCGACAUGGUCCAGGAUGGCAUUGCUGGAAGCUCCGCCACCCUUACUAAAAUGACCUGUAAACUGAGAUUAGUCUGCAGGAAAGCCUUGAAGAAGUUCAAAAGGAAGACAGGACAACACAUAGGGGGAAGAACGGAAUUUGUAAUGAUAGAUGAAAGCAACUUCCGCCAUAAAAGGAAGUAUCGACAAGGAAGAGCUGGUCAGACAUGGAGGAGAAAGAAGUGGGUCUUUGGCAUGCUUGCCAUAAAGGGUCAAAGAAGACUGCCAAUUUUGCGACUUGUAGAACGGCGCUCCAGAAAUCACCUGCUUCCCAUCAUUAGAAGACAUGUUCGCCAAGGGUCAACCAUUUUAAGCGACGAGUGGAGACCCUACAGAGCUCUAUCAAGUCUUGGUUACACUCACUACUCAGUAAACCACAGCAGAUGGUUUGUUGAUCCAAACCAUGGUGGACACACACAAAAUAUUGAAAGAGCUUGGUUAACCUACAAAAGCCAAAUUUGGCGACUGAGAGGAAAUAGGACAGAGCAGCUUCUAAAAGAACAUUUGUCUUUUAUUGAGUGGACUUACUGGCUGGGAUACAAGCACACAGAUGGUCCUCUAGGUCGACUUCUGAAAGACAUUGGAAGGCAUUACAGCAAAUAAAUACUGUAUGCUAGAAGGCAAUAAAUUG